CAUUUUCAAUGGAUAUAAAUAUAGGUAUUAUUUGCUGAGUAAUCAUAUUGUUGCUUGAAUAUCGUACUUUUUCUUUCCCUAAAUUAUAUUACAUUACACACUUCACCUGUAACAUCUAUUUGUGCUUGUACUGAUUUUCGAAUAAAUAUGGCCGGGCGGUUCUUCAUUGCCAGCACCCUCGCCCUGUGCCUCGUUGCAGGAAUCCAGGCGGGGGACAAGGGUAACAACCUGAUAAAAACUCUAGACAAACCAGUUCCUUGCACUUGCGGUGUAUUUCUGUCUGGCCAGCUAAAGAAGGGCACCAAGCAGGAUCCUAAGGGGGUGCCGGUACUGACCGAGGAGAUGGACAGGGCGUUCGAGAACAACCCGGUUGGGGUGAGGAAGUGCACCAACAAGUGUCUGGAGACGAUAGUGGCUCAUCUCCCGAAGAGCGCAUCUAUCAUCUGCGCCAGCACAGAUAGAGAGCUAGUUCACAAGGAGCGAGCAUAUUUGUUCAUCAAGAACCACAGUGACAAAUGGCAAGGUACCAAUCUGUCCGCAGGAAGAGAAUUCUGCUGCAAGGACAAUGAACCCUACAAGUGCCCUGUGUCAUAACACCAUAACAGUUUCCCGUUUACUUUAUAUGAAUAGGAUUUUUUUCAACUUUUAUACGCAGUGAGAACAUUAAACGGAGCUUUCAGAAGUUA